AACGCCCCUGCUCACAAAUAGGCAUGCGUGUUUCUCAUUCAUCACAGCGUUUCCGCUUCCUUUAUGUCUCCCGUUCUUUUUGAGAGAUUGAAACCCACUGUUUGUUGGUAGCUACAUCAUGGGAGCCUACUUGUCGCAACCCAACACAGUGAAGUCCUCUUCCAAUGGUGGAAACCAAAAGAUGAGCUUCGGCUUUGCAGCCAUGCAGGGUUGGCGUGUCUCUAUGGAGGAUGCUCACAACUGCAUUUUAGAACUGGAUGAUGAAACGGCCAUGUUUUCUGUGUAUGAUGGACAUGGAGGUGAGGAAGUUGCAUUGUACUGUUCCAAGUACCUACCUGAUACCAUUAAAGAACAAAAGGCUUACAAAGAUGGCAAACUGCAAAAGGCUUUGGAGGAUGCAUUUCUGGCAAUUGAUAGCAGGGUGACCACAGAGGAAGUGAUCAAAGAGCUUGUUCAGAUCGCUGGCCGCCCACAAGAGGAAGCACCAAAUGAAAAAGUUGCUGAAGAAGAUGAUUUGGACAAUGAGGAGGCAGAACUUUUGCAUGAGGAGGCCACCUUGACCAUUGAAGAGCUGCUCGUUCGCUACGGACAGAACCGCAAUGCACUCAAACACAAGAAGCUCUGUCCGGAGGGCAACAAAGAGUCUGGGGAAGGUGAACCACAUUCCUAUGGGGAGAAGGGCAUCAAUGGAGAAGUGGAGGGUGAGAUGGACAGCAAUGGGAAGGCCAAGGCUGGUGCAGGAUUCUCCAAGCUGCGGGCCUGCAGGAGAGCAGGAGCGGACAGCUCUUCAGCGACAGGAGCAGCAGGGUCCUGUGAAGGAGAGAAGGACACCGGGCCUUCUUGCUCUUCGUCAGCGGCCCCGGCUCCGGGAGAUACCAGCUCCAAGUUCUUUGAGGACAGUGACGAGUCGGGGGAAGAGGAAGAUGAGGGAAGUGAAGAGGAGGAUGGCAGUGAGGAAGGUGAAAGCAGUGAUGAUGAAGAGGAAGACACUGAAGAGGGAGAGGAUGAGGAGGAAGAGAUGUGCUACCCCGGAAUGGAUGGAAAAGAAGAGCCUGGCUCAGACAGUGGCACUACAGCGGUGGUGGCUCUGAUCAGAGGGAAACAGCUGAUUGUAGCAAACGCCGGGGACUCCCGCUGUGUGGUGUCUGAGAAGGGCAAGGCCAUAGACAUGUCCUACGACCACAAGCCAGAAGAUGAGCUGGAGCUGGCCAGGAUAAAGAAUGCUGGGGGAAAGGUCACCAUGGACGGCCGCGUCAACGGAGGACUCAACCUCUCCAGGGCCAUCGGCGAUCACUUUUACAAACGAAACAAGGCCCUUGGCCCAGAGGAGCAGAUGAUCUCCUCAAUGCCUGACGUCAAAGUGCUCACCCUCAACCCUGAGCAUGACUUCAUGGUCAUUGCAUGCGACGGAAUCUGGAACGUCAUGAGCAGUCAGGAUGUUGUGGACUUUGUCAGUCAGAAAAUAAAGCCUGAUGCCAGUGGCGUUGCCAGGCCUCUGUCCUCCAUAGUUGAAGAGCUACUUGACCAUUGCCUUGCACCUGAUACGUCUGGAGAUGGUACAGGCUGUGACAACAUGACCUGCAUCAUCAUCACGUUCGGCGCUCACCCUGGCAACAGCAUGGCCGACAUCACCAAGAAGAGAAAGCCUGAAGAGAUUAUCCCAGAGAAGAACGGGAAUGACAGCAAGAAGUCAAAAAGCGAAUAGAACUGCCAACAAGUAGAAUAGCUCCAGUCCUUUUCACAAGCCAGGACUUUUUCUCUGGAAACUUUUAAAGACAGUGGUCUCUGGAAUAGGAUGAGUUUUAGUUAAUGUCCCAAGAUACAAGAAUAAACGGAAAACAGAAAAACAUUUUCUUGGUGUGUAAUUGAUUUUGCUUAUCUGCCCCAUUGGAAAUGUGACUCCUAGUGUACUGUUUGUCACCACGCCCUUUAUGUAUAUACUUGUUAAUUGAAUAAAUGCAUUUUCUUUAAUUAUG